UUCAACGCCCCUCCUCAGAAAGUCCAAAAAUGACAUCACGCUUUGCAAUUCCCACGUUGAGUCCAGUAGUUUAGUGCGCCUCCACUGAGCUCCUCGCAGUUUCCAGAUGCAAGCGCAGAAACCCAAAGAAACAGCUACAAGUUGAGUGUGUGCACAGCGUGGAUUUGAACUUUCUGCGUGGACGUUUGACUUCAGAUUUAACAUGACAGGGAAACCUCUGAGGGUUUUCUACCUCACACCACAACUCUAGAUUGACAGCUUCACAGAACUUUUAGCACACUUAUAAUAUUAUUAAGUCUGGAUACAUGGACUGAUCAAAAGUGUGGUCUUCCUCACCUUGGAGCAAUGAUUAAGUCCUCUUGGAUGUAUUUUUAUUUGGGGAUUUAAUUUUCUAUAGAAAACAAUGCAACUGGUACAUUCCUCAAGAGCAAUGGAAUUUUGUUUGCAAAUUCAUCUUUUUACAGCUUUUGUCUCCUGUAUCAAGGUUUUUGCUCGUGUGCUCCCCAAUGUGAAGCAUCCAGGCCUGCAGGUGUUGGCCACGGCCUCACAUUAUUGGCCACUUGAUGCUGUGGAUGGAAUCCAUGAACUUUGGGACCAUAUUGGAAACAGACCAGGUUAUGUUAAUGGAAGUAACAUAACUCUCAGAAUCCACAACCACACUGUGCUCCCUUCUUCCCAUAACUCUUCCUAUGUGCAUACCAAUGACUCUGCCUACACUAACAUUUCUGCGACAGUAGACAUUGUUGAAGGAAUGGUCAACAAGGGGAUCUUUCUGAGUGGCGACAACGGCGGCACCUUUCUCCACUUUGGAAGCUACCAGAAUUCUUGCAUUAGUGAUCCUACGCUGUGUGGUCCGGAGGGCAUUACCUUUUCCUUUUUUUGGAAAAACCAUGAAUCAGAGUCCCGUUUUGCCGUGGCUUCUGGGGGAAAGGUUAUCUCCAAUGGCUUCUCGGUCUACACCAACCCUUUCACGGGGUUCGUGGAGUUUUAUACCCGAGGCAACAACCACAGAUGGAAAGCUGAUAUAAAGGUUCCAGGGCCUUACUGGACGCAUAUUCUCUUCACAUGGACCAAGACGGAUGGUCUGAAAGUUUACAUUAACGGGACCUUCUGUGCCGGUGACCCAGUAGGCAGUGUCUCUGAGAACUAUGGAGACCAACAUCCUGAUCUGGUCAUUGGAACAGGAAACAACAGGGCAUAUGGUCACUAUGUAACUGGGGCCUUUGAUGAAUUUGUCAUUUGGAAAAGGGCUCUUUCACCUCACCAGAUCCUGCUCUACUACAAUGCAGCCAUAGGUCAGGAAAUCGUUUCUGCCACAACCCCAGGAGACUCCAAAGAAAUCACUUCCCCCGCACCAACAGCUAGAGUCCCUGAAGUCAGCACUGUUGUCAUGAGCAGUCAUCAAGAGGCAGCCCAAAGCUCCCAGGGUCCUGACACCAUGCUGGACUUCCUCGAGGCACUGCCCAACCGGACCAUUCCUCACUCCACCGCCAACAACCUCACGCAGGCCUUUCUCAAAAGUGUGGAAGAAGUGCUGUCCUCUCCAGGAUUGCCAGAGCAGUCCAAUCCUCUGGUCAGCGGUUUGAUUGAGACAGUGGACAGAGUGAUGGAACAUAUGGUGACUAACCUGGAGCCCAGUCCGAGCGUCCCCAUCUCAGUGGGUGGGACAACUUUUGUUGCAGAUUACGCUCUGUUGAAAUUCCCACAGAAUUUCAAUCUGCCACUUUACCGUUUUCCUACACAAGGCAAGAACUACAUCUCUGUGCCUGGGGAGGCCUUCAACAUGCAGUCUCAAACCACCAUUGUCGGCCUAUUCUACCAUGACAUGCAUAAGUACUACAAAGAGAUCAGCCCUGCCAAAACCAGGAUUAAUGAGGCAGCUGAGUUCAAGGAUCACAAGAUACAAGUAGCAAGCUGCCUUAUUUCUCUGAAAGUGGAGCCAUCACCAGCUUUGUCAGUAAACCUCUCUGGAGCUCCACUCAUCAAGAUUGUCCUCAGCCACGUCUUGAGUAAAGAGCAGCAGGAUCAAGUGCUUAAUCAGAGCAAUAAAGUCUUUCUCUACUGUGCCUUUUUGGACUACAGCUCCAAAGAUGGAGUAUGGUCAAACGAAGGCUGCGUUCGCUCGGACGGAAACAUGACAUACUCUGUGUGUUUGUGCAACCACCUCACCAACUUUGCCAUUCUUAUGCAAGUGGUGCCGUUGAAGCUCACGACCAGCCACAAGGUGGCACUGUCAACCAUCGGCUAUGUCGGGUGCUCAAUUUCCAUCUUCUGCCUUGCCAUCACUCUGGUUACUUUUGCAGUCUUAUCGUCAGUUAGUACCAUCCGUAACCAACGCUACCACAUCCACGCUAACCUGUCAUUUGCCAUUCUGGUGGCGGAGAUUAUACUGCUCAUCAGUGCCCGCUUUGAACCUGCCACGUCAUCCUGUAAGGUUGUGGCUAUCCUGCUUCACUUCUUCUUUCUGAGUGCCUUCGCCUGGAUGCUGGUGGAGGGCCUCCAUCUCUACAGUAUGGUGGUAAAGGUGUUCGGCUCAGAAGGCAGCAAACACUUUUACUACUACGGCAUUGGCUGGGGUUCUCCAUUUGUGAUCUGCGUGGUGUCCAUGACAUCAGCCUUUCACAGUUACGGUGAAGUUGACAACUGCUGGUUGUCACUGGAGAAGGGAGCCAUUUGGGCAUUUGUGGCCCCUGCCCUUUUUGUCAUUGUGGUGAAUAUCGGCAUUCUGAUAUCUGUGACCAGGAUCAUAUCUCGAAUCAGUGGGGAGAAUUACAAAGUUCAUGGAGAUGCCAACGCUGUCAAGCUGACGGUCAAAGCAGUGGCUGUGCUCCUGCCCAUAUUAGGCAUUUCCUGGAUCUUUGGUGUUCUCGCUGUCAACACAGCGUCUUUGCCAUUCUUGUAUAUUUUUGCUGUCUUCAACUCAUUACAAGGGUUUUUCGUCUUCUUGUUUCACUGUCUCCUGAACUCUGAGGUCAGAGCUGCGUUCAAACACAAAACCAAGGUUUGGUCUCUUACCAGCAGCUCCAUCCGACACAUCAACGUUAAACCAUUCCACUCCGAUAUUAUGAAUGGACACAAGGAAGGAGUUACUCCCACCAAGAUGAAUACAUGGGACAAAAGCACCAACUCAGCCAACCGUAUGGACCUAUCAGUCAUGUAAUAAGACAAAUCAGCAUUUAUUCCUGUGAUAAGAGAACAAGCUGGGGCUCAAUCAUCUGAAAUAGCAAACGCAAACCAGUGUACUGUUCCGUCAUGUUAUAUAAUAGAUUGAUCAAUCAUAAACUUCAAUGAAAGAGUUUUUCUUUGAAACAGUUUUUUUCUCUCAAAGACAAUCAGACUCUUCAGACUGUGCUUCACUAUUCUCCCAAAAGAACUAUAUAUAUGUUCCCAAAAAAAAGUAUCAGUGAUUGUUGAAGAGGAGUUUGGUGAUAUAUGACGGAGAUAUCCACGAGAGUUGUUCAGGGUGUGUAAACACUUCCACUUGCUCAAUAUGACAACUUCCCUUUUAGUAUCUACACACUAUUUAUACAUACAUCUGGCAACUGAUUUGGGUUUCGCACCAUCUUGUGGUGACACCAUUUCACCAGUGACGAGUUAUAAUAUCAAUAUGUGUACUGGCUGAUCCAGUUUCAUAUGUUAAUCAGAUUAAAAUUAUAUGUCAUUGAUCAUCUAAAAAAAUAGACUACUUCAGUCAGUUGGGAAUCAAAUCCUCAAGUUCCCCUGUUUUUUACAAAUACAGUAAAAAUUCUCCCAAAAAUGUUUUUUUUUUAGUCAGAUGGCAAAAAGUGUCAGAAAUUGCAACUUGAAAGGAGCACAUUGUGAGAUUAUGAUCACAUGCAACUUUGUGGUCAGUUAAAACAUUCCCAGACUGUCACAUUGCUCUAUUAAAAUCCUGAUUUUAUGACCGCAGCAUCAUCUGAAAAAAAUGUAUGUGUUGUGACUUUUGUUAUGCUUACAUGUAAAAUGAUACACUACAAUUAACGUUAUAUGCGGUAGAACAUCUUGAAAGUUUUUUUUUUUUUUUAACCACACAGCUUCAGAGAUAAUUUGGUUGAUAAUGAUCAAAUGACUAAGUCCAGCUGUAGUUGCAGCCUGACCCAACUGUGCAUAUUACUGUACUGUGUGUUACUGUCUCUGCCAGAAAUAAAAGUAAUUAAGAAGUCUGGAAAUGUCACAGUAAAAGGUUUGAUUAGAUGGAGCUUAUUGGGAGAGCAAAGGGGAAGGUCAGAGAUGCAUUCAGGUGCAAGAACUAGAGUAAUCCUAUCUGUUUUUUGGGACCAGUCCGAAGACGCAUUCUACAGCAACAAAGACAGGCUAAUAGACAAAUAUGAAGAGUUGUAAAUGUUACUUAACAUAGUUGUUCCACUUACCAUGGUUGUUACAACCCAGUUCUUUACAUUUUGAAGGCUGUUUAGGAUGGCUGUGAACAGUGUAGAUUCUGCUAAAGGUAGAUCAGUGUAUCAUCACCACAUCAAUGAAAUGAGACAUGCGGCUCGUGGAAGACCGCGCCGAAAUGUGGAGGUAUCCUGGAGAUACCUCAUUCUGGAAAAGGCUGUCAAUGUAAGAGUUUUCUCUUUUUUCUGCAGAAAUCAAUAUGCAAGACCUGUGAGUGGUACGGCUCUUUUCAUUUAACUUAUUCAUUUUUCACACACAAUGAUGCUGUUCGGUGUUCUGAAAAGAAAGAGACAUUUUUGAUGAUUACUAUAAACAAGUUAUAAUUGGCUGGAAUUACAUCAUUCUGGGUAAAAGAAACAUGUUUUUCUUUUUUUUUAUUAUCAGAAUUUUGUACCUUAAAACCUAUACUAUAUCACCAACUGUUGACUAUAUUCAGCAUCACAAAAGGCAAAAUGCUAAUGACCAAAUAUGAUUCACAGCUUUAAUCAGCAGACAACACGCAGGAACCAUAUUGUGAUUAUUGAUGCUAAAAUAGUGAAUUUGACUUAGACAUAAUGUAUUUAUUUAUUUUGUGAUUCUGAGUAGUUUUUGUAAGUCUUCUGCAUACUGCCACAGUACAAGAUCAGUAUUGUUCACAUGUAAAAUUCUGUUUAUUUGUGUUUUCUAUCUUGAAAUGAAGUGGCUGGGCUAGUUGCUGUAAGGUGGCACCUUGUAGGCAUGUCUUUUUAAAGAAAUACUGAACACUGUUCAUGUGUUCGACACAAUUCUGUGAAGAUGAAUGUUUUCUGUCUUUGUUUUGGUUGCAAGUAUAUUUGACUAUUUCCUUUGUCCUUUAUUUUGUACAAAAUAUAAGAAUAUGUGCUGAGAUAUGUUAUGAAACAGAGGGACUCUGGCUUGAUGCUGUUUUUUCUUAAUUGUGACAUUUCUUUCAUGUCAUUGAUCCUACACUGUGCCAACAUUAGGUUUUCAAAAGAGGAUUUACUGUAAGCCACCUGCACUUACAUUUUCUGUCCAAUUUAAAAUGAAAUAUUUUAAUAUUCCAAAGCAUGUAUAUGGCCUUUAUACAUUGUUUACUUCUGGUACUACGGUUUGUGCUUCUCAUUAUCUCUAUUAAAGCCUAUCAUAUAA